UAAGGCAAUUUCUAAAUCAAGAACAAAAUCAAAGAUAAAAGGCUGAUCCGAGAUAAAAACAUGCGCUCGACAGUUAUUAAAUAUUAAAAAAAACAUUGGAAUUAUUAAUUUAUUAGUUAUAUCUGCGAAAAUAAUCGAAAAGGAAGCGUUGCUCUUAGGGGCCAGGGCGGUGAGGUCUGCAUUUAUCUUCGUCCGAUCCCAGGUAAGUUUCUUUCAACCAAUUCAUUAGUUUGGCUUAACAAUGAUUAAGCUAUUUAAUGAAUUCACUUGACUUUGCUUACCACUGUACGUCUCUUUUUGUUUUGGGUGGGACUCGGCGAGUAUAGCUCUCUACCUGCAGCUUAUUUUAGUAUUUCGACAGGAUUUUUGUUUUCUCUGUUCUGGUUAUUUGGUGUGGAUUUGAGUAAAAAUUGUGAAUUACAGAUUCAGUUUCUUUAUCGCUAUUUUUAUUCUUUCUCAGAUCAGGGUUCGUUCUCCAUUGAUAUGAAUUAUAUACUCGGAGCUUUCAAGCCAGCAUGCCACAUUUCAGUCACGUUUUCAGAUGGGAAGUCACGUAAACAGAUACCAUUGAAGAAGGAAAAUGGCCAAACAGUAAUGGCCCCACUUUUUCAUAGUCAAGAAAACAUAGUUGGGAAGAUAUCAAUUGAGCCAAUAUCAGGAAAGAAGGUUGAACACAAUGGAAUUAAAGUUGAGUUGCUUGGUCAGAUAGAAAUGUAUUCUGAUAGGGGGAACUUCUACGAUUUCACCUCUCUUGUUCGUGAGCUGGAUGUGCCUGGUGAAAUAUAUGAGAGGAAAACAUACCCAUUUGAAUUUUCAACUGUUGAAAUGCCUUAUGAAACGUACAAUGGGGCAAAUGCUCGUCUUAGGUAUGUUCUGAAAGUGACUAUAAGCCGUGGCUAUGGUGGCAGCAUAGUGGAGUACCAAGAUUUUGUGGUGCGCAACUAUGCCCCACCUCCUACUAUCAACAAUAGUAUCAAGAUGGAAGUUGGAAUCGAAGAUUGCCUUCAUAUUGAGUUUGAGUACAACAAAAGCAAGUAUCAUUUGAAAGAUGUGAUUAUAGGAAAGAUUUAUUUCCUUCUUGUACGAAUAAAGAUAAAGAACAUGGACCUUGAGAUCAGACGCCGUGAAUCUACAGGUUCUGGAGCCAACACUCAUGUUGAGACAGAAACUCUUGCAAAGUUUGAGUUGAUGGAUGGUGCUCCCGUUAGAGGCGAGUCUAUUCCCAUCAGAUUGUUUUUGAGUCCAUACGAACUGACACCGACAUAUAUGAAUAUAAACAACAAAUUCAGUGUGAAAUACUAUUUGAACCUUGUCCUGGUUGACGAGGAGGAUAGACGCUACUUUAAACAACAGGAGAUCACUAUGUGCCGGGUUGCUGAGAUUCCCUGAUCUGUGUAUACAUUGGAAGUAGGCCUCCUCACACCAUCAUACGCUAAAAUAUCACUUUUGCAACACAAGUGGUUUCAUGGUAUAUGAAGGAAUUUGAACACCUUUUAACUCCACUUUUUUUGUGUGUGGCUAGAUUGACAUGGUUACCUUUGUACAUACAUGCUCAUAAAUUAUGACAUUUUAACUCCUACAUUACAUUUUUUGUAUGUUUUAAAUGUUUGAUGUGUUUAGUCCCAUUUGUGUUGUAUGAACGUAACAUUAUAUUUUCUUUCAUUUGUUUUGUAUGUUUUGGGUCUAAUUAAAAUAUGCCAUAUUUAUUUUUUGCUAUUAUUGGAGCCGUGCCCGAGUACCACAUGUUCAUGCUUCCUUGAACCUGAAGAUCGAACCAUAUUGCAGUAU